AUGGCCAAGGUCAGCACCCACCACUCCCACCCUUCGCUGAGCCACCUGACAGUGACCACCAUGGGCAGAGAUCUCAAUCGUGUUGAGAAUGGCCUCGGCAGGGCCCUCUUGCCGCGCGAAGAGACCUCGGCAGCAGCACCACGACGCAGCACCGCCAUGGAGACCGGAGGACCGGCUGCAGCCAGGAGCAGCUCCUUCGCCACACCGGGGCCUGCCAGCUGGCCGCGCCUCAUCCUCUCGCUGCGCACCUGGGCUGCCAGGCACUUCCACCCCGAGGACCAGGCACCAGACUCUUUUCUGGAACGUUUCCAUGAAGCUGAGCUCAAAGAGGUAGCCAGCAGAGAAAGCAACGCCCAGUCAAGUGUGGGCAGCCAGGAGCCACCAGACAGAGGGAGAAGUGCCUGGCCCCUGGCCAGAAGCAACACUAACGCCAGCAACAACACCAAGGAGGAGAAGGGGACAAAGAAGAAACGUACCCUCGUGGUGGACCCCUCGAGCAACGUGUACUACCGCUGGCUGACCGCCAUCGCCCUGCCCGUCUUCUAUAACUGGUGUCUGCUGGUGUGCAGGGCCUGUUUCGAUGAACUUCAGUCUGACUACCUGAUCCUGUGGCUUGUCCUGGACUACUCGGCGGAUGUCCUGUAUGGCUUGGACAUACUGGUGCGAGCCCGGACAGGCUUCCUCGAGCAAGGCUUGAUGGUCGGCGAUGCCGACAGGCUGUGGAAACACUACACGAAGACCUGGCACUUCAAGCUGGAUGUGCUGUCUCUGGUGCCCACAGACCUGGCUUACCUAAAACUGGGCAUGAACUACCCAGAACUGAGGUUCAAUCGCCUUCUGAAAAUCUCCCGGCUCUUUGAGUUCUUUGACCGCACAGAGACGAGGACCAACUACCCCAACAUGUUCAGGAUUGGGAACCUGGUCUUGUAUAUCCUUAUCAUCAUCCAUUGGAAUGCGUGCAUCUACUUUGCCAUCUCCAAGUUCAUAGGUUUCGGGACAGACUCCUGGGUCUACCCAAACAUCUCCAAGCCAGAGUACGGGCGUCUCUCCAGGAAGUACAUUUACAGCCUCUACUGGUCCACCCUGACCCUGACCACCAUCGGGGAGACCCCACCCCCUGUGAAGGACGAGGAGUAUCUCUUUGUGGUCGUCGACUUCCUGGUGGGAGUGCUGAUUUUCGCCACCAUUGUGGGCAACGUGGGCUCCAUGAUCUCCAACAUGAAUGCCUCACGGGCAGAGUUCCAGGCCAAGAUCGACUCCAUCAAACAGUACAUGCAGUUCCGCAAGGUGACCAAGGACUUGGAGACGCGCGUGAUCCGGUGGUUUGACUACCUGUGGGCCAACAGGAAGACGGUGGAUGAGAAGGAGGUGCUCAAGAACCUCCCAGACAAGCUGAAGGCCGAGAUCGCCAUCAACGUGCACCUGGACACCCUGAGGAAGGUGCGCAUCUUCCAGGACUGCGAGGCGGGGCUGCUGGUGGAGCUGGUGCUGAAGCUGCGGCCCACCGUGUUCAGCCCCGGCGACUACAUCUGCAAGAAGGGGGACAUUGGGAAGGAGAUGUACAUCAUCAAGGAGGGCAAGCUGGCUGUGGUGGCCGACGACGGCGUCACCCAGUUCGUGGUUCUCAGUGACGGCAGCUACUUUGGGGAGAUCAGCAUUCUGAACAUCAAGGGGAGCAAGUCCGGGAACCGCAGGACGGCCAACAUCAGGAGCAUCGGCUACUCCGACCUGUUCUGCCUCUCCAAGGAUGACCUCAUGGAGGCCCUCACCGAGUACCCCGAGGCCAAGAAGGCCCUGGAGGAGAAGGGGCGGCAGAUCCUGAUGAAAGACAACCUGAUCGACGAGGACGUGGCCAAGGCCGGGGCGGACCCCAAGGACAUCGAGGAGAAGGUGGAGCACCUGGAGUCCUCCCUGGACACCCUGCAGACCAGGUUUGCACGGCUGCUGGCUGAGUACAACGCCGCCCAGAUGAAGGUGAAGCAGCGUCUGAGCCAGCUGGAGAGGCAGGUGAAGACCCGCGGCGGCGGCCAUCUGUGUGACGCGGAGGCUCCUGGGGAUGCAGACACAGAGGACAAAGCACAGUGA